AGGCUUGUAUGCUGGGAGGGGACGUCGUGUGCCACUGCAGACUUGGGUCUCACAUCUAGACUACAAGGGCAGCCUCUGAACAGACCCCCCAGAGCUGGGACUCCAAAAAGGGAAGUGAUUAAACUGUCAUUGCAGGCAGCGUACUUCUGUGCCAAGUUGGCCUCUGGAGAAAGAGACACCCCCCCAUCCCCCGCUGUCUGAUCUCGGCCAUCUCCUCCAAGUCCUGGCCCCUUGCUGACUGACUGCUAUGCACUCCCAGCUUUGGCGAAGUUCCCUAGGAGGGAAUUUUUCAGACUGUCCCAAUGGCUCGCAGUGGGUGUGGGAUGUGUUCAGUGAGUGUGCCCAGGAUUCCCGAGACUUCGCCAGCAUUUGGUUGGGUCUGAUUUCCAUCGUCUGCUUUGCAGCGUCUUCCUUACCCCAAUAUUACCAGGCCUGCAAGACCGGUAACAUGGACCAGGCUCUCUCCAUAUACUUCCUGCUGGGAUGGCUGGGAGGAGACUCUUUAAAUCUAAUAGGCUCUUUCCUGGCCAACCAGUUGCCAUUACAGGUUUACACUGCCAUUUACUACGUGCUGGCGGACCUGGUCAUGUUAUCUCUCUACCUCUACUACAAAAUCAAGAACCAGCGCAGGGGCGUGUUUACACCGAUUAACGCAGCCUUUGCCUUCGUUUUUCUGGGAACGGUGUCAGCAACCUCCGCCCUGGGCAGCGCUGGCGCCGCAAUUGAACCAGUGACCUUUAGAGGGAGGAGUCUGCUGUCGGCUCCAGUGGAGGAGGCCGGAUAUGGGUCUUUCACCAAGAAGGAAAUCAUCGGCUUCACCAUCGGCUCCAUCGCCUCCUUGCUGUAUCUGUUCUCCCGACUGCCCCAGAUCUACACUAAUUUCAAGAGGAAAUCGACCACUGGCGUCUCCUACCUCCUCUUCGCUUUGGUGAUGCUGGGUAACCUGCUAUAUGGAAUAAGCGUGCUGCUGAAGAACCCGGAUCCAGGGCAGGCUGAAGGCAGCUACGUCCUUCAUCACCUCCCCUGGCUGAUUGGCAGCCUGGGCGUCCUGUCUCUUGAUGUGAUUAUUUCCUUCCAGUUCCUUGCUUAUCGCAGGCCUCGCUCAUCUGAACAGGGAGAGGUCCCACCUGGCAAGCAAGACGAACCCUGGGACAGCUGACCAAGGAAUUGUCCCAAAGCAAGAAGGAUGGGAUACUGGUGAGAACUCUGGCUUCACACUAAGGCACCGUGAGUUGCCAUUGGGUUCCUAGACCUGUUCUUGGGUGCCUCCCACUUACCUCACAUGGGCAUCAUGAUAAAUACGUUAAGGACUGAGACACUCGUACUAUGGUAACCGUCCGGCUUACAGAAAGGGAUGUAAGUGGGAAUGCGGCUUUCUGCGGAAGAUGCCUCGCCACCAGGCAGAGGACUUUCCUGGUGGAGCUCACCUGCUUGUAGUGAUGACUCACAAGGGACUAAAUUAUUGUCAAACUUCUCUACCUGGAUCAGUCACAUCUCACUUUUUAAAAAAAACUAGCUGAAUUGGAUUCCACUUUCCUUCCUCCCCUCCAGAAGGCUGCCCUCCAUGUCGGACAUCACUGGCAAGAAUGAGAAAUUGAUGGGGGAGGGGAGGAUGGUCUGUCACCUUCUUGUUUUAAGCCUGUGGUCAGCUGCUGCAACUGGCUGGCAUUUCACAACACGGUGAAGGAUUUAGGCAAAGGGAGCCGCAGUGGCUAUAUGAAAUGCACGUUCUUCUAGCAGCUGGCGGCAGGCCAUUGCUGGUGUUGGAGAGGUAUUUUAAUACACGUAUCUGUAUUUAUAUUUUAUCUAAAUACAUGGGCAGCCAACUUUUUGGAAAAAUAAAGCCUCAUCCAACAUG